GUUCCCGGACCGGUCCCACGAGUCAGUCCUUGUGAUGCACGUAUAAAAGGCGGACCGCUGUUUCACAUACCACCCUAUGUCGCCCCUCCCCUUCCUCAUUCCUUCAUCCCAGACUGUCCCAUUUAAUCACCAUGAUUGCGCGUCUUUCCAUCAGGGCACCCAGAACCGCCUUCUGUGUGCGUAGACUGCAUACGCAACCCAAGACAGCGCCUUUCAAUAUCGUCUUUGAUAUCGAUGGUGUCCUGAUCAAGGGAAAGCAAGUUAUCCCUCAAACCCGCCGAGCGCUGGAACUUCUCUGGGAGAACAAUGUGCCCUAUAUCUUCCUCACCAACGGAGGCGGCGUGCCCGAGUCCGAAAAAGCUGAAGAGCUCUCCAAAAAGCUCGGCGUCCCCGUCAACCCAGACCACCUGAUCGUGUCCCACUCGCCCAUGCGGUCGCUCGUUCCUCAGUAUAAAGACUCUAAUAUUUUGGUCGUUGGAGGCAAGGGAUCGUCCUGCAAACGUGUCGCAGAGUCCUAUGGAUUCAGACGUGUUGUCACCCCCGAAGAAGUUCAUGCAGUCCAUCCCUCAGCUUGCCCUAUCUCAUUUUGUGAGGCGCGUCCUGUUCCAUUCAACAAGGAGUACCUUCAGAACGUCGGAAUGCCAGUUGAAGCGGUUAUGGUCUUCCACGACUCUGUAGACUGGGGCCGCGAUCUGCAGAUCUGCCUGGAUGCCCUUGCAUCAAAAGGCGGGGCAUUGGGGACCAUCAAGGACUCUGAGGAUCUGCAUUCGACCAAGCAAUCGGUUCCAAUCUACUUUUCAAACCCUGAUGUCGUCUGGAGCAACGAAUACCCAGUCCCUCGUUUCGGUCAAGGGACUUUUAAGCUGUGCCUCGAGAAGAUUUACAAGAACCUGACGGGUCAGGAGCUGGAAUUCACUACUUUCGGAAAACCCAUGACAACUACCUAUCAAUAUGCUGAAACGCUUUUGAAUAGGAUUUCACCUUUCCCGCCAACAUCUGAUGGGCAACCCUCGAAGCGCACCGUCUACGCUGUUGGGGAUAACCCAUACGCCGAUAUUGCAGGCGCCAAUGCAUAUGGCUGGGACUCUGUAUUGGUCAAGACUGGCGUGUUCAGAACCAAAGGCUAUGAGAAUCAUCAUGUGCACCCUGCCACAGCCGUCGUAGAUCACGUCGAGGAUGCUGUUCGCUGGAUCUUCGCCAAGGAAAAGAUGAAGGCGCAGGAGCAACAGAAGCAGCGCUGAUGCAAUGAACCUUUCGUAACUACACAACACACCUUUAACAAAGAAGAGGAUUGCUCAGCUGUCGAUUGUACGAGAUGAGGCGAUAAAUGCGGCUAUUUGAUAACUGGACAGGCCAAGAAACAAAGGACAGAAGGCGCUCCUCAGCAAGAAUGCAAAGGAUUAGACAUAUGAGAUUGAUGAUAUCCAUAGUACAAUUAGAGUCGGAAACAAAAAGCUGUUUACAGAACUACAGGUCCUCGCUCUAGGAUUGAAUGCAUUACUUUAUUCUAAAAGAGACGCAUGCAAUUGGCUUUACCAUAUAAGUAACCAU